CGUUUUAUGGAAGCGAAACCUAUAUACGAAGCUCGCAUUUCUCAAUUUAAUCUGGCGGGAAGAUUCGUUAGGGUUCAACGGAACAUCUAUACCCUGUCUAAAAAUCGCGACAGUUUCGUCCAGAACAGAUGUCCAUCAGCGAGGAAUUUCAAGCUAAUAUUGAAGCCUUACCGAAUAUAUUACAAAGGAAAUAUGCUCUCUUACGAGAUUUGGAUAAAAGCUUACAAGAAAUCCAGCGGCAGAAUGAACAGCGCUGCGAGCAAGAAAUAGAUGAUAUGAAGCGUGGUAUUAAGUCCGGUAACAUUACUCCAAAUUCAUCUCUUCUGAAAUUCUCGGACGAUGCUCUAGAUGAGCAAAAACAUGCCAUCAGAAUUGCUGAUGAGAAAGUUGCAUUGGCUGUUCAGGCUUAUGAUUUGGUAGAUGCGCACAUUCAACAGCUUGAUCAAUACUUAAAGAAAUUUGAUGAAGACCUUCGGCGUGCAGAAAGAGAUACCAUGGCUGCAAGUGGAACUUCUCCAACUCUUGAUAACAAUGUUAAAGCUGGUAGAUCUGGUGAGACUAGCAACAGAGGGCGUAAGAAGACACGCCUCGCAACAGCGACUGCAGCUGCCUCUGCCUCUGCAACUGCUGCUGCUGCUGCUGCAACAGCAGCAAAUUCAACCAGUAUGGAACUAGAUCUACCUGUUGAUCCCAAUGAACCGACAUACUGUUUCUGCAACCAAGUGAGCUACGGGGAAAUGGUUGCAUGUGAUAAUCCUGACUGCAAGAUUGAAUGGUUCCACUAUGGCUGCGUUGGCCUGAAAGAACAGCCAAAAGGGAAAUGGUAUUGCUCAGAUUGUGUUGGGACCCAAAGGCGUAGGAAAACCAGAUAACACCCUGCAAACUAUACUCAAGUCUUGUUCCGCAUGUUGAUUUUACAUUCCCAGGCGCCAGUAUCUGGUGUAAAUGAAAAUGUAAUAUUGUGACUUUUGGUAAAUAAUCUGCGCCCAAGCUUCCAUUCACAUAUAAUUUCUAGAUUGUCAAAGAGAUGUAACUAGGUGAAUUGGACCACCCUGGGUAAUGUCGUGAAGAUGACUUAGUUCUGACUACAAGACAGUUAUUGACAAGCAAUUAUCUUCUAUGGAUACAUGUUAUUUUAUUACAUCA